CCACCGCCAUCACCACCACCACCUCCACCACGUCGCCACGGGGCGCCGGCGUGUACUCGCUGUACACCACGGCCGAGCGACGGUAGGCGGAGCCUCCAGGUAAGCACGCGAGACUGGCGCGCAGGCAGGUGAGAGAAGAGCGAAACCCGAGAGCGGUAGACCCAGGUAAGGGGAAGCGAACGGUCCCGACACACACGCUCGUCCUCGCACGCGAGAGAGCACACCGUGCGUGCCCUCCUCGGCCACACCGCGGGGUCAGUCGGGGUCCUGCUCUUAGCCAGGACACUCCGAGAGGGAAGAGUGAGAGUUUCUUAUUCCUCUUCUUCUUCUUCUACGCCAACCGGUCAGCAGGUUCGAACGACUUGCCUUGCGAGCUGUCCACCUCGCGAGCUUGCUCGCUACCGCCGGCUGUCCUCGGCGACGACACGCACGUCGUGGCAGCGCAGGAGGAGGAGGAAGUCCACCGGCUGAACGUGAAGAUUUCGCCAGGGGAUUUAAAACAGUUUCGUGGUGGGUUCACCGAAAGACUCGAACUUUCGACGUUAAGUAUCGAGAGGGAGUAUCGCGCUAUCGAACUCGAUGAAAUCACGUGACUUCCGGAGAGAAGGAGACCUCGACCGGCCUUUCGAUCGGUGGUGAAUGGGAGUUCCAAGGUUUCGAGAUUGACGUUUAACGGGCGACCGCGUGCUUCCGCGGUGUGCCGGUGGUUCGACGUUCGCUAAAGAGAGAGAAAGAGAGAAAGAGAGAGAGAAAGAGAAAAAGAGAGAUUUGUGUGAUUCCUGAUACCAAACUGAGAUACGGUAAAGCACAGUGAAAAGCGGGGGAACAGUGCGCGGCUAUCCAUGAACGGCAUACAAUUUUAGCGCAUCGUUCUCGCGUCGCUGCAACACCCAAAGAACGUGAUGUGCGAAGCGGUUCCUCGAACUUGGCACAUGAAACCGGAACUUCAUUGCAAUCCCGUGGGAGUUCCGGCGGGCGCCUUGUCACCCCCGGCUACCCUCUCGCCACCCGGCAGCCCGAGCAUAAUCACGCUACCAUCCUCGCCUUGGAGCCCAGGUGUACCGGGAAGCAGUUCGAGCACCAUCGCAUCCACCAAUGCACCUUCGAGCCUUUGUCAACCCGUCCCCGAUCGUUUCAGCGCUUUCACCCUUGUCUCGAAUUACAAUCCCGAUCUGAGAUUGCAAAGUCUACCACUCAGUGCUAGCGUUGCCGCGCGAGACAUGCGUUGUGGUCUUAUGUACGGCGGCUACGGGGCAUCUGGGGGUGCCUGGUGGGCCCGUCACAUGGGCCUGCUGUUGCCGCAUUCUUUGCUCCCAUCUACGAGAAUCCCAUCCCAACAGACGACACCGGUCACGAAUUGCUCACCCAUUCAUUCGGAACCUCUCAGUCCGGCGCGUCCUGGAUCACCCCGAAGAUCUACGCCGGAGAAGGCCAAAUUCGAGGAGGAGGUGCCGUUGAACCUUAGCACGAAGCCGAGCGACGUCUCGUCGAGUAUCGGCAACAGGAAAAGUGAAAUCUGGUCGCCGGGUUCGGUGUGCGAGAGGGAGGCCAGGGAAACGAGAGCACCGUCCUCCAGGAGUCCGUCCUCGACCCCUAUAAUUACGCGGCAAAUUCAUCAUUCGCCGCUUACACCGCCCUCCUCGACGGAAAGGACUUUUCAAUGUAAGCAGUGCGGUAAGGCCUUCAAACGGUCAAGCACGCUCAGCACUCACCUGCUGAUCCACUCCGACACGAGACCUUAUCCCUGUCAAUAUUGUGGCAAGAGGUUUCAUCAAAAGUCGGACAUGAAGAAGCAUACCUAUAUCCAUACCGGUGAGAAACCGCACAAGUGCGUCGUGUGCGGCAAGGCGUUCUCCCAGAGCAGCAACCUGAUAACGCACAUGCGUAAGCACACCGGCUACAAGCCGUUUCAGUGCGGGCUCUGCGAGAAGGCGUUCCAGAGGAAGGUCGAUCUACGUAGGCACCGGGAAGGUCAGCAUCCGGCGGCACCGGCGCUCGAUUAUCGCUCUCUGCAGAUACCGCCGCAGCCGCAGCAGCAACCGCAGCCAAACGGCAGCCGGCACUCGCCGAUAUCACUGCACUCGGCGGCAUCCUCCGCGGCAGGUUACCACGUGAUAUCCGUCCCCGGCAGUAGCUGAGACCCGUUCAUCCGACAGACGCUUCGUCCGUAAACGUCCAGGCAUCUCGAACCGGACAGUCGUGCGGUACGUUGGAUCGCGGACCGGUUUUUGGGGGAGGAGGACCCGCGAUAUCCGCGAGCACCGCCGGAUUUCGGCUGCCGGAAGCUGCGAGAUUUCGCUUCAGCUCCGACGGAUACGAAACGCAGUUAUGUACACGCGCGAGUCAAGUUUCAAUUAUCUCGCGAUUGAAGUGAGAAAGUGAAUCGAAUCCUCGUUAUUCAUCCCGAGUAGAUCUCAGUGUGCUACACGUUCUGGCUCGUGGCUUCAGGACGCGCUCCUAAAGAUGUUUGGCGCGCUCUUCUCUGAUCAUUCCAUCCCCCCGCCUCACGUGUAAUAAACGCGAUAAAAGUAGAGCGACAACGAUAGCGCGCCGAUAUCUUUAUAAGGGCGUUUGGAAUACGGGUUUCUAUAUAAGGGAAAAGAUAACUAUUAGCGCUUCGCGUUUGUCAUAUCAGUGAUUACGCCUACUCUAUCUCUAUGCAGGGAUAUAUAUGUAUAUAUACGCAACAUGCUAAUAUACUGGCUUCUUGAGCAACACACGAUACAUCUCGACGUAUCUCCGAAGUAGCACCGAUGUGUAUCCAAUAUACACAUCCGCGCCGGUUGAAACGCGAAUAUAAAUUAGACAUUAGAUACGCGACACAUUACUUUCGCAUUGAAUCACCCCUUUUAUCGGCCUGAUUUAAUCACGAGCUGUACUUCUUACAGCUCUAAUAAUGUAUCGAUGGUAUUAACGUGCCUUGGAAUGUCUACGAAAGUGUGACGCGAGUCGUCGGGAUAGAAUCUCGGGGAUCCCGAACGGAAAAAAAAAAAGGAAAACUGGCGAAAGCGACAUAGGUCGGUCAUAUCUCAAAUAACGACAAAUACACACAGCCGCGAUUGCACGCAUGAUUGCACUAUACAGAUUCGAGGCACCGUAAUUCAAGGAUCGUCAGCCAGCUUGGCGAAACUCGCUGUCUCCCCGCGAGUCGCCGAUGUCGCUUACCCUCAGGUGAGAAACGGACGAAUUGUAAAUAUUUUCCGUUGAAAUCACCACACCGCGGUAUCUCCUCUUAAUUCUCUCUAUAAUUACGCAAUCGUACGCGAGGUAUUUACAUAAAUCAGUCGACGUGUGUUUAAAAUCCAUCCGGUGCCUUGGCAUUUCUGUAUUAUCCGAUAUAUUUCUCUGACGUAGGUAAAAUUAUUAUUAAUCUAAGCGCGUAUUAUUUUUCUGUCUUUUUUUUCAGAUAUUUCUUUCUUUUAUCUGAUAAACAUUGAGUUGUUCGAAAAAAAUUCGAGAUAGUAAGUGAACGAGAAUUCUAAAAAAGGAUUCGAUAUUCGCAAAAAAAUUCAAGAUUUCAAGAUUCGAAAUUCAAGAAAAUUCAAGAUUUUUUUACUUCCAAUUUUAAAAAUAUUUCUCAAAAUUUAUUUCGGUUUUAUUAAUAUAUUACUAUUCAAGAGUUGUAAUAAAUCAAUACCGCAAUAUAUUAAUAAUUAAAUCUAAUAUGUCAUAAAGAAAUGAUAAUUAUGACAUUUGGAAAAUUUAAUGACGAACAAGAAUACAGCUGUACAUAUAGGUGUAAACAUAUAUAUACUUUACACUUCUUGAAGCACGUAUGCAGGAUAUUCGCAUGUAUUCAUGAAUUUCUGCUGUUGAAGUUUUUAUUUUUUGAUGUUUUUAUGCUUAAGCGACAAACAAGUUAAAACUAAGAAUUAGAUAUGUCGUAAAUUUUGGAAAGUUUGAUAUUGAGAUAUAAAAUUUGAAGUCGUAAAAGUAAUAUAAAUAUCUCAGUCAAUAGACUAAAAAGUUGGAGUUGUACAAAAUUUUAUAGUUUGAAAUAAUUGCAUAUCGGAUGUCACAGCAAGUAGGUGAAGCUUCAUAGAAUCAAUUCAGUUAUAGUGCUAACUAUCUUGAGCUCACAGUUUUUAUUAAACAAAAUAUAAUAAAUAAUUUAAUGUCUUUAAAUAAAUUAUUUUAUUGUUUUAAAUAAAUUUAAUGUUAGCAUUUCUGAAUAUUACAUAUUACUUUUACGAAGUCAAACUCUACGUCCUAAUAUAGAAUUUUCCACAAUCCACGGGAUACAGGUUUAGAAUUCUUCUUGUAAAUCGAUAUCGGAAAAUUUUCUUUUUCAUUUCGCGUAAAUUUUCCUCGUUAAUAGAUUUAUCCAUUUUAAUUGACCUGAUGUUGCUAGUAAAAACAAAGUGCCUGAAUGUGUCUUUCUUCGGUGCCGUUGUAUAUUCGACUCGUACUUAUGAAAUCAUCACUACACCUUCAUAUUGUAUUAUAAAGUGCGUCUUCACCUUUAAAUACACAAAUAAUACGUGUAUGUUUCAUGUACACUUAAGCUCCGUAACGCCCAGAUGCAGACAUCAAAAUUAUUUUUAAUACGUUCCUUUAAUUAUAUUAUACAUUAUUAGUUUUAAUACGAUAUAACCGUUUACAUAUAUUUUCUGUGAAUUUUAAGUGAGCAGCUUGACUAGAAAACCAUUUAGAUUCCGCACAAUUUAUAGUCAUACAACAAUUGAUAACAAAUGUUAAUUUGUUUGUCAAUUGAAAUUAUUAAGAAGCUAUUUCUUAUAGACCGGUUGUUCCAACUUUUUGGUAAACUUACCUAUCACGUAAAUAUAUAUUUAUCUUUAUUUAUUUAGAAAAAAAAAUGAAGAUAGACACAUGCUUACUUGACAGAUAAAUUUACCAAGAAGUUGGAACAACCGACUCUAUGUGAUCUUUUUAUUUUACAAUCGAUAUGUGAGAGUCUAAGUGAAACGAAAUAGAAAUGUACGCAAGCUGUCUCGAGAGCUCUGAGUUGAUUUUAUUGUUUUCUGUCACGUAUCAUAGUCCAUCGAAGCCAAAGUCGUCUGUUUUUAAAAAUGAUACACCGUAUUGAAACGUUAUCGAUCCGACGGGAUAUACUUCACGAUCGAUAUUUUCAAAUUUUUCUAUAAGUUAUGUUUGCGACUCCAAUUUUGACGUUUUAUUACACUUCGCGUGCUCUUUAGCAUACCUUUAUAAAAUUAUCGGUACAAAUAAUAUCGACGGACGUUUUCAUACGUCGUUAUUAAUUAAGAGAUACUUCCCUACCUAGGGAGUUACUGCUGUGAAAGAAAAGCGCGAAUGGAAGUGAUUAUUUUUGUAUCGAUGCGAAAAGGAAAGCGAAAUGUGUAGCUUAAGUGAUAAGCACGCUGUACUUUAUCUGCACGGAAAGAAGAAGCAAUUGAUGUUAAAAUAUACACGAUUGUUAGCUCGCGUAUAAAACUUCUGGAAUAUGGCUUUUCAGGCACGCGUGGAAGUUUUAUGUAAAUAAUUGAGAAAUUUCUCCCGAGGAACAUCCGAUUUUUCAAAAUCUCGAAAGAUCAUCCGUCCCCGCGUGAACGUAAGCGAAAGCGAGAAUUGCGACGACGCAAACGAAAUUUGCAUAUCCGGCAACGAAUCAUAGCGGCUAGAGGACCAAAGAUAGCAUAAGUCGGACUUGAUCGGUUGGUAGCGCAAUCGAGUUUUCUUCAUUUUCUUCAGAGUUCAAGUAAAAUACACAAAAACGAAACGAGAUAUCGUACGAGGUCAACGAUAUAAAUCGCGAAAACUCGAGGCUUACCAGAGAUCCCGGUCCUUCGUACGUACGUACAGAUUGUAACAUACCAUUAGAAUUAGCACGUUCAUUAAUUAUGUGCGACGAUUAAGAAUAGUUUAAACUAAUGUCCAUCGACGACGUUUCGUUAAUUCACUGGCGAUGAAAGCCCCGCGACGAUCGACGAACCAGAUCGCGCAGAAGUAUAUACCGUUCUCCCGAUUUAAUUGGCUAAUUAAAACGGGUAAAUUAAUUAAUUAGCGAAUACCAUAGCGCGACACGUCUGAUACGAGGCUCGUGCGCCAAGCAAUUUUGUGCUAUAUAUAUAUAUAUAUAUUAUGAUCAUGUAAACUUAUGUGUAGAGAAGGAUCGCGAUCGAUAGAUCAAUAAGUAGGUACCUUUCAAGAUAUUCGUAUAUGUGUCCCUUGAGAGUGAAAAGGAAAAAGUGCGCGUAGAUGUGUAUGCUGUGAGGAAGAGAGAAAGAGAGAGAGAGAGAGAGAGAGAGAGAGAGAGAGAGAGAGAGAGAAAGUAUAAUAGUGAUAAGAGAUUUUGCGAGUAUGAGCGAGCGAUUCAUGUUAAUCGGUAAAACCAAAAAUAUGUUUAUUAUUGCUAAAGAAGAUAUUGAUCGAAUAAAUUGUUUUUCUUAUAGA